GCUUAUCAAAAUUACUUCACGGCACAAAUCUGAGAAACACAAACGCGUGAGAUGAGUGACAAAAUAUUACCAUGUUCUGUGUCUGGAAAAGUGGUUCGAGGUUUUGGUAGAGGCUCAAAAGCAUUAGGCAUUCCUACAGCAAACUUUUCAGAAAGCGUUGUUAAUUCAUUACCUAAAAAUUUUGAUACUGGUAUAUAUUAUGGUUGGGGUGCUUUAGAUGGAAAGAUAUAUAAAAUGGUUGCAAGUGUUGGAUGGAAUCCAUUUUAUAAAAAUGAGAAAAAAACAUUUGAAGUUCAUAUAUUAGAAAUAUUUCCAAAUGAUUUUUAUGACAAGGAACUUAAAGUGAUUGUUACUGGUUAUAUACGAAAAGAAAGAGAUUUUGCAUCAAUAGAUGAAUUGAUAAAAGAAAUAAAGAAUGAUAUUAUGAUUGCUGAGAAAGAAUUAGACAAACCUAACAUGUUGAAUUACAAAUAUGAUACUUUUUUAACAAGUUGACCAAUUUUAUUUUAUUAUAACAAUGUCUUUCAUUUUUAUCAAUUAAUUUUUACAAAUAUACUUAUUGUGAAAGUUACAUUCUUUCUCCAAUUCUUAUAUUCAAAAUGUAUUAAUAUAUUUUAUUCAUUAUCAAUUUUAAGAUUAUAAAAUUGUAUAGAAAAAAUUACAAAAUAUUAUG